UAUACUUCCACAGCUUUCUCUCAUCCUCUUCGAGAGAAAAUAAGAAAAAUGUCUAUCUCUCUUCUUCAUCUUCUUCUACUCUCUCUCUGUAUCAUUUCACCAACGAUCGCAACUCGAAUCCCACCUCGAAUCGAGAAAAAUCCAAAUCCCGAAAGACCCAUCUCGGGAUUCGGGCCAUUCGACACUUCCAAGUAUGGAAUUUUGCAGCUCAACAACGGAUUGGCUCUCACGCCUCAGAUGGGAUGGAAUAGCUGGAAUUUCUUUGCUUGUGAUAUUAAUGAAACAGUUAUUAAGGAAACAGCGGAUGCACUCAUCUCAACCGGGUUGGCUGAUUUGGGCUAUGUUUAUGUUAAUAUCGAUGAUUGUUGGUCUUCUCUGACACGGAAUCUAAAGGGGCAAUUGGAACCAAACCCUGAGACUUUUCCGUCUGGCAUUAAAGCUCUCGCUGACUAUGUGCAUGAAAAGGGCCUCAAGCUUGGUAUUUAUUCUGAUGCCGGGGCUUUCACAUGUCAAGUUCGACCCGGAUCUAUCUUCCAUGAAAGCGAUGAUGCCAAAAUGUUUGCUUCGUGGGGUGUCGAUUAUUUGAAGUAUGACAACUGUUUCAACUUGGGGAUCAAACCACAGAAGCGGUACCCUCCAAUGCAGGAUGCACUAAAUGCAACUGGCCGGACCAUCUUUUACUCGAUUUGUGAAUGGGGUGAGGAUGACCCGGCAUUAUGGGCGGGGAAGGUUGGAAAUAGUUGGAGGACAACGAAUGACAUCAAUGAUUCGUGGGCAAGCAUGACCACACUUGCCGAUCUGAAUGACAAAUGGGCAGCAUAUGCUGGUCCUGGCGGAUGGAAUGAUCCGGAUAUGUUAGAGGUUGGUAAUGGAGGAAUGACUUACCAGGAAUAUCGUGCGCAUUUUAGCAUUUGGGCUUUGAUGAAGGCUCCUCUUUUGGUUGGUUGUGAUAUAAGAAACAUGACUGCAGAAACAAUGGAGAUUCUAACCAACAAGGAGGUGAUUGCCGUUAACCAAGACCCUCUUGGUGUUCAAGGAAGAAAAGUUGCAGUUGAAGGAGUUGGUGAUUGCCUCCAGGUGUGGGCAGGUCCUCUAUCGGGACAACGCUUGGUGAUUGUCCUUUGGAAUCGAUGUGCAAAAGCCACCACUGUCACAGCCAAAUGGGAGAUGCUCGGCCUUGACCCUACCAUCCGUGUCUCUGUACGAGAUCUGUGGAAGCAUGAAGAUAUAUCGGGAAAUAUGGUGAGAUCUUUUGGAAGGAAAGUGGAGUCCCAUGCCUGUGAAAUGUUUGUCCUUACUCCCCACAAGGCCUCCUACUCUGCAAUGUAGACGUGCAUGCGCUCAGUCUCUAGAUGUAUUUUAGCUGUUGUUAACCUUUGCAUGAAUAUCAAUCACAUGGAGAUUGAUUUGGCAUUUGUGUAUUGCUUACGUUGUGAAAAUCAAUCCUUGCAUGUGUUUUCGGGACUUGGCAA